AUGACUACAUCUUCUAUCCCCUCUUCUGUGGGGGAUGCGCAAAAGGCUACGACCUUCGUGUUCGGGGGUCACAUCGGCACACAGAGCAAAAAGUCACUGGAAAAGCCAAUAAAGCAACUUCUCAGUGGGCCCAACGCCAAAUGGAUACUAGAGGCCGUGGCCGGACUGCCACAAUACUGGGCAGCCGUGGUGGAAAAGAUCCCCGAGGCUGGCACAGUACCGGGUGCGGAGCAGCUAAGCGACUUCGACUCAUGGCUGCGAAACGGUAUCUCAGAGGGCGACCUGAUCGCGCCUGAGACAGAGCUGCCCAGCGUAGCAGUCGGGCCUCUGAUGGUGGCCAUCCAACUGGACCAGUACUGGCGGUAUCUGGAGUUUCGGUUGGGUGAGGUUGCUGUCGAAGACCUCCAAGCAGAACUUGUUCGACAACAACAACAACAACAAAGCACCACUCCAGUGGAAACCCUGGGCUUCUGCGCCGGCCUGAUUGCCGCGGUAGCGGUGGCGAGCUCACACAACAUGGAUGAGUUCCAAAAAUACGGCGCGGUGGCGGUGCGCAUCGGCCUGCUGAUGGCCGCGGUGGUGGACGCGCGGGAGGCUCGCGACGAGGCCAAAGGCAAGGGCGGGUCGGUGUCGUUUGCGACAGCGUGGCGCAGCGGCAGCAAGCAAGGCGACGACAUGGCGAGAAUCGUGUCAUCUCUAACACCAGACGCUUAUAUAUCGGUGUUGUUUGACGAGGCACGAGCAACAGUGACGACAUCAGAGCGCCUGGCGCCGACGCUAGCGCGGAAACUGCGGGCCGCCGGCGUGAAGGCCGUUCCGCUGACGAUCAAGGGUCAUCUGCACGCUCCCGGGGUGGAGCGGAAGCGGGACGCGGAUGCGCUAAUCGAGCUAUGCCACUCGUAUGGUGGCCAGCUUCAGUUUGCGGCGACAGCAGCCCAGUUAGCCUUGCCCACAUACAGCAACUCGGCUGAUGGGGCCCAUGUCUCAGCCGAUGAGACAGAUCUCACCGCAAUGUUGCUACGAGCGAUCUUGACACAGCAAUUUAACUGGGCCGGGACAGUGUCGAAGCUGCUAUCAGUGUCAGCAUCGACUCAGAAGGAGGUAUCGCUAGUGGCUUUUGGACUAGAUCGGUGCAUUCCGCCGACAAUUACGCGGCGGUUUGGGCCGAAACAAGCCGUUUUCGAGGAGCUGGAGAGCUAUAUUGAGAGCCGGAAGGUUCAAAAGGCCUCACUUACUGCAACCACGGCUACAGUUACGGCCAACGGCACUACUACCGGCGUUUCAGCAACCAUCUCAGCCGACAAAGCUUUACCUACAUCAGUAGAACGAGAAAGGGACACCGAGGAGGCCAUUGCCAUUGUAGGCAUGUCCAUCAACGUGUCUGGCGCCGAGGAUUUGGAGGAGUUCGCAGCGAUGCUGAAGACAGGCAAAUCGCAGCAUGAGGUGAUCACACGGAAGCGGAUGAUGCACGACAUGCUGUUCCGGGAUGCGGCAGACGCAGAUGGGAAAAAGUACUAUGGUAACUUCCUGCGUGACGCAGAUGCCUUCGACCACAAGUUCUUCAAGCGCAGCCCACGCGAGUCGCAGGCCAUGGACCCUCAGUGCCGGCUAUCGCUGCAGGCGGCGUACCAGGCAGUCGAGCAGUCGGGAUAUUUCACGGAGCCCAAAACGGAGAAAGAGGACCACAUCGGGUGCUACCUGGGCGUGUGUGGCGUCGACUACGAGCAAAACAUAGCCUCCCAUGCGCCGAGCGCAUUCACAGCGACGGGCGGCCUGCGUAGUUUCAUUACCGGCCGGAUCGCGCACUUUUUCGGGUGGACAGGUCCGGCAAUGACGUUUGAUACAGCUUGCUCAUCGUCGACGGUAGCGAUGCACACUGCCUGCCGUAAUAUUUUAUCCGGUGAAGCGACUGCCGCGCUAGUCGGUGGUGUCAACGUCAUGACCAACCUGCAAUGGAUACAGAACCUAAGUGCAGGCAGCUUCUUGAGCCCGACGGGACAGUGCAAGCCGUUUGACGCCGAUGCCGACGGCUACUGCCGAGCGGAGGGCGUCGCUUUCGUCUUCCUCAAGAAGCUAUCAGACGCCGAGGCUGCCGGCAACACAAUCCUGGGAACGAUCCGGGCAACAGCGGUGUAUCAGAACCUCAAUAUCACGCCGUUGUUCGUACCCAACGUGCCGUCACUGUCGACCCUGUUCAAGGACGUGAUUCGCAAGGCUGGCGUCGACCCGGCCGAGAUUUCCGUCGUCGAGGCCCACGGCACCGGCACGCCAGUCGGCGACCCGGCCGAGUAUGAAAGUGUUAAGCUGGCGGUCAGCAGCCCUCUACGCGACACCACCGUAGUCAUCGGCUCCGUGAAAGGCCAUGUGGGCCACACAGAGGGAGCGUCCGGGGUGAUCGCCCUAGUGAAAUUGCUCAUGAUGAUGCGCGACAACUUUAUCCCGCCACAGGCCAGCUUCACGCGCAUGAACCCGCACAUCCAUGCAUCGCCGGCCGACAUGAUAGAGGUGGUGACGGCGUUACGGCCAUGGCCAGCUGAGCGCAAGGUCGCGCUGCUCAACAACUACGGCGCCUGUGGGUCUAACGCCAGUCUCCUCUUGGCCUACUCAGCGCAUAACCCAACCUCGGGCAACCGCUUGCUAGCUGAUGUAACAGCCCGCCAGCCCUUCUGGAUCACUGGAUUCGACGCUCGCAGCAUCGCCGUCUACAGCAAAGCACUAGCGCCGUACCUACGUUCCCACACCGGAGGCCAACAAGCAACACUGGCCGAUGUCGCGUUCAACAUGGCCCGGCAGUCGAACCCCGGCCUACCGCAGGGGGUAGUCUUCAGCUGCCGGUCGCUAGAGGAGCUGCAGGACAAGCUUACUCUAGCGGCCGCGGCUACCAAAGAAACAGCCACCGCGAGCGGCAUCACAGUUUCCAAGGCGGAACGGCCGGUCGUGCUGUGCUUCGGCGGCCAAAAUUCGACGUUUGUCGGGCUAGACCGCGCACUAUACGAUGGCGUCGCCGUUUUGCGACAGCAUCUGGACGCUUGUGAUGCGGCUGUCACGGCGAUUGGCUUGUCCAGUAUUUUCCCUGCCAUCUUCUCGCGGGAACCCAUCCGCGACAUCGUCCAGCUACAGACGGCGCUUUUCGCCGUGCAGUAUGCCAGCGCCCGGGCGUGGAUGGACUGCGGGUUGGCCUCUAAGAUCGUGUCAGUUGUGGGCCACAGCUUCGGUGAGAUCACAGCGCUCUGUGUGGCUGGCGUGCUGAGCGUCAGCGACACGGUCCGCCUGGUCGCUGGCCGAGCAAAGCUGGUGCGCGACGCCUGGGGGCCGGACUCGGGAGCCAUGAUGGCAGUCGAGGCAGACGAGGCACUUGUGCAUGACCUGCUUAAGGCGGCUAACACUACCAGCGACGGCUCCGCCAGCAUCGCCUGUUAUAAUGGUCCUCGCAGCUUCACGCUAGCCGGGACAACGCAGUCCAUCGACGCCGUGGCUGCCACUCUCGCUGGCAAUAGCAAGUUUUCCGGAGCCGGUAUAAAGAGCAAGCGACUCAAUGUGACUAACGCCUUCCAUUCGGUCCUAGUAGAGCAACUAGUUGGGGAACUCGGAAACGUCGCCCGGGACAUGACCUUCCACGACGCCGUGAUCCCGGUCGAACGGGCUACUGAGCAUGAUUCAACAGACCCGCUAGACUGGACCUUCGUGGCAUCGCACAUGCGCCAGCCUGUUUUCUUCAAUCACGCCGUGCAGCGGCUGGCUAAGAAACACCCGCAGGCCAUCUUCUUAGAAGCUGGCUCUAACUCGACGAUCACAGUGAUGGCGAGCCGUGCAUUGGCCCAAGUUACUUCCGCCAGCCCCGACACGCUCGCUUUCCAGGCUGUAUCCAUCACCAACACCGAAAAGGGCCUCGACGGACUCGCAGAUGCCACAGUCGCGCUAUGGAAGCAGGGCCUGCGCGUGUCCUUCUGGCUGCACCACCCUUCCCAGGCACGCGAGUACAUGCAGCUGCUGCUGCCACCGUACCAGUUCGAGAAGUCGCGUCACUGGCUGGAUGUGAAGUCGCCGACGGAGGUUGUCACCAAGGCAGCCCAGGCCAUGAUUGAAGCAGGGGGUUAUACCAUAGGAGCUGCCUCUACCACUCAAGUAGAAGACGCCCGGACGCUCCCCAUCUGGACAUUCAUCGGCUACCCGGAGCCCAAAAAGAAUAAGAAACUGGCCCGCUUCCGCAUUAAUACAGCCUCAGAUCCGUACCAACGCCUAUUUUCAUCCCAUGUCAUCGCCCAGACUGCACCCAUCUGCCCGGCGACGCUCGAGAUCGACAUGGCCAUCGAAGCUCUCUUCAGCCUUAAUCUAGACUGGCGACCAGCUGGUUAUUCGCCCACGGUGCACGAUCUCAUCAGCCACGCACCGGUGUGUGCCGACUCGACGCGUGUUUUCUACAUGGACCUGUCGCCGCUGGACAAAGCCGAGAUGAAAUGGCAGUUGAGCCUACACAGUGUGGCCAGCAACGGCGAUUCCCAGGUCCACGCCGAGGCCGUGAUACGCAUGCGCGCGCCAACCGACACCUCAUAUCUACAACAGUUUGGCCAUUACGAGCGUCUGGUCAGCCACGCGCAGUGUCAGUCCCUACUUAAGCUCAAUCUCGACGACGAAGGUGUCGAGAUGCUACACGGCCGCAACGUCUAUCGCGCCUUCAGCGACAUUGUCGACUUCGGGCCGGUCUACCGCGGCGUGAAGUACAUCGUCGGCCGCCCUGGCGAGAGCGCUGGUGUUAUUCACAAACGCCACGAGGGCCACACCUGGCUUGACGUGCCCAUGGGCGACUCGUUCGGCCAGGUCGCGGGGAUUUAUGUUAAUCUGUUGACCGACGACCUGCCACCGGGCGAGAUGUUCAUCGCCACCAGCUGUGAGCUCCUAAUGCGAUCGCCAAAGGCUCUCUCGGAGAUUUCCGGUAAAGAGAACGGUCCCGGCGUCUGGCACGUCCUUGCGCGCCAUACGCGCCAGUCCGACAAGGCCUGCAUAAGCGACAUCUUUGUCUUUGACGCAGCCACCGGCGCGCUGAGCGACGUCAUGCUGGGCCUGCAGUACGCACGCGUACCCAAGGCGUCUAUGAGUAAGAUCCUCUCACGCUUUACGAUGGAUCAAAAGUUCCUUCGAAAGCAGGCAGUGGUAGCGUCUGUUCCGGCUGCUAGUUCUACUGCUGCUCCCCCAAUUGCAGUUGCUGCUGCCCUCGAAGCCGUCAAGACUGCUGUCAAGGUUAAGAAAGCAAAGAAAAAGACUCGCGACAUCACCGAGGAUGUGUGUAACCUGGUCGCCAAUGUCUCCGGUGUCGACCCCAGCGAAAUGACCCUCGACAGCGAGAUGGCCGACCUAGGCAUCGACUCGCUGAUGGGCAUGGAGCUGGCCCGCGAGGUCGAGAACACAUUCAAAUUUACCCUCGAUCACGGCGAGAUGAUGGAAGCCACCAGUCUGGGCCAGUUUGUCGCCUGCGUUGCAAAUGGGUUGAGCAAGAUCGGGGGAGACACCGGGGAAGACGCUGUUGAGCAAGAGUCAGAUGACACUGACAGCGACUCCGCGGCAGAACUCAUCACGCCAUCGGAUGAGAACGACGACACGGCCUCUGACAUCACCACACCAGACCCAGAAGAGGCGUCUUCUUUCGUUAAGCCCGCCUCGCUACCAGUCGGUCCAGCCACCAGUAACCUAACCCUCUCCCGCUCCGACAUCCUCGAGUGCUUCGGCCAGGUCAAGCUGACGACUGAUGAUAAGAUCCGCGAGUUUGGCCUUGACAGCAUUGUCCGCGUCAGCCUGGCCGGCAGUAGCAAACUCUGCACAGCCCUGAUCGUCGAGGCCUUUGACCAGCUCGGGUCGCCGCUGCGGACGGCCGCCCCGGGGCAGUUGCUGGACCGCGUUGCGUUCUUGCCACAGCACGGCCGCAUGAUGGAGUUUGUUUAUGGCUUCCUUGAGCGUGAUGCACACCUGAUCGAUAUCGACACAGUGACGGGCCAGAUCACGCGCACACACAUAGCUGUGCCGCGCAAGACCAGCGCCGCCCUGCUCGAGGAGAUGGUCGCCGCGCACUCAGAGUCCGCUAUCCCCGAUCGCCUAGCCUACUACGCCGGUAAGAACCUAGCCGGUGUGCUCAGUGGCACCACGGACGGCAUUCGCGUUAUCUUCGGCAGCGCCGAGGGCCGUCAGCUAGUCCAGGCCAUGUAUUGUGACUACGGCUUCAACCGCAUGCACUACCAGCAGAUGGCAGAGGUUAUCACCCAAUUAUCUAGGCGUGUGCCCCAGCCCGGCGAGACCCUGAAAGUUCUCGAAAUGGGUGGCGGUACUGGUGGUACAACGAAUGUGAUGGCUCCAGUUCUGGCGUCCCUAGGGAUUCCUGUUGAGUAUACCUUCACUGACUUGUCACCGUCCAUGGUGGCCAAUGCGCGCCGUAAGUUCGCCAAGCAGUACCCAUUUAUGCGCUUUGCCGUGCAUGAUAUCGAGAAGCCACCAGCUGCGGAGCUCCUGGGACAGCAUCUAGUUCUGGCCAGCAAUGCCAUUCACGCCACCCACGACUUGGUUGUGUCAACUCAAAACGUGCACCUGGCCCUCCGUCCUGAUGGCUUCCUUAUGAUUCUCGAGAUGACUGAGUGUGUGCCGGGUAUGGAUAUUGUGUUCGGCCUGCUCGAGGGCUGGUGGCUCUUCGACGAUGGCCGCACCCACGCCGUCGUGCCCACUGAACACUGGGAGCGCGCUUUACAUGCCGCCGGCUUCGGUCACGUCGACUGGACCGACGGCAACCGGCCCGAGAACGCCUUCCAGAAGGUCAUCAUUGCCUUGGCCUCUGGAGAGCCGAAGGCUCGUCUCCCAGCAUCUGUGGCAUCCGUGGAGGAAAUCAAGGUGGUUGAUAGAGGCGACGUAGCAGCCCGUGAGGCCGAUGCCGAACGACUUGUGGCCUCCUACACAGCCGGCUGGGCGAUACCGGCUCUCGAAUCCGCAGUCAUCGACGUCUCUACCACUUCUACUCCCGCUGUGGUUAUCGUCACCGGCGCCACCGGCAGCCUCGGCGCCCACCUUGUACAGACCCUUGCUAAGCGCCCUGACGUCGCCACUGUCGUCUGCGUAAACCGUCACUCCAGCGUCCCGGCCCAUCAGCGCCAAGCCGAGGCCUUUUCGUCACGGGGCAUUACCCUGUCACCCACCGAGCAGAAAAAGCUGCGCGUCUACGAGACUGACACGGCCAAGCCGCAACUCGGCCUACCCACUGAAGAAUACGCCUGGCUGGCCGCGCAUGUCACCCACAUUGUGCAUAACGCCUGGCCCAUGAGCGGUACACGGCCCCUAAAGGGCUUCGAACCGCAGCUGCAGGCCAUGCGCAACCUGUUAGACCUAGCUCGGGAGAUAGCUCUAGGAAAGCCAAAGACACGCGUCGGCUUCCAGUUUGUGUCCUCGAUCGGCGUGGUCGGUUACGCGGAUACAUCCACCGGACCACAUAUCACCGAAGACCGCGUGUCCAUGGCCGCCGUCAUGCCCGGCGGCUACCCAGAGGGCAAGUGGGUGCACGAGCGCAUGCUCGACGAGACACUGCACCGCCACCCGCAGCUGUUCCGCGCGACCGUCACGCGCCCAGGCCAGAUCGCCGGCUCCAGCAGCAGCGGCUUCUGGAACCCAGUUGAGCACUUUGCCUUCUUGGUUAAGAGUGCGCAGGCUUUACGCGCGUGGCCCGACCUGCAUGGUACCCUGCAGUGGCUGCCCGUCGACCGCAGCGCCAGCGUCAUGGUGGACUUGUUGAAAUUGGAAAAUGACAGCGAUGCAGCUUACCCCAUCUAUCAUAUUGACAACCCGGUUGGCCAGCCGUGGGAGGACAUGUCCCUGGUGCUGGCUGCAGCCCUUAACAUCCCUCCUCAAAACAUCAUCCCCUACGCUGACUGGAUCACCCGCGUUCGCCGCUCGCCACUGUCCGCCGACGAGAACCCAGCUGCCCGCCUCGUCGACUUCCUCGACGGCCACUUUGAGCGCAUGUCUUGCGGUGGCAUAAUCCUCGACACCGAAAAAGCGAAAGAGCACUCGGCCACCAUGGCUGCCGAAGGGCCCGUGAAUGCUGACAUCGCGCGGGCCUAUGUGGCAUCCUGGAAGGCCAUGGGGUAUCUGAAAUAA